AUGGAACAAGAAAAUGGCACUGAAGUCACUGAAUUUGUUCUCCUGGGAUUUGCUGGUCAACACAGAUUUGGGCAUAUCCUCUUUUUAUUGUUUCUAGUGAUCUAUGUGGUCAUCCUACUGGGUAAUAUUGGGAUGAUUCUACUCAUCAAGAUUGACUCUGCCCUUCACACCCCUAUGUACUUCUUCCUACAACACUUGGCUUUUGUUUAUCUCUGUUAUGCCUCUGCUAUCACUCCCAAGAUGUUGCAAAACUUCGUAAGGACAGAAAAAUCUAUCUCAUUCAUAGGAUGUAUGGUACAAUUUCUAGUCUAUGGUAUUUUUGCAACCAGUGACCUCUACAUCCUUGCUUCCAUGGCAGUGGACCGCUAUGUGGUCAUCUGUAACCCACCCCACUAUCCAGUAGUCAUGUCCCAGAGAGUCUGCAUUCAACUGUUAGUUGGCUCAUACUUCAUGGGUUUCAUAAAUGCCUCUGUAAACACAAGUUUUACCUUCUCUUUGAACUUUUGUAAAUCCAAUGCAGUUAACCACUUUUUCUGUGAUGAACUCCCAAUUCUUGCCCUCGUAUGCACCAAUGUUAAGUUGAACAUCAUGCUACUAACAGUCUUUGUGGGGUUUAACUUGAUGUUCACUGUGUUGGUUGUCCUCUUUUCCUAUACGUAUAUCCUGGCAGCCAGCCUGAAGAUAUCUUCUACAGCUGGGAGGAAAAAAGCCUUCUCCACCUGUGCCUCUCACCUGACAGCAGUCGCCAUUUUCUAUGGUGCUCUUUCUUACGUGUGUCUACACCAUAGUACCACUGAGACUCAAGAGCAGGAAAAAGCAGCUUCUGUGUUUUAUGGCAUUAUGGUCCCCAUGAUAAAUCCCGUGAUCUAUAGCCUGAGAAACCAUGAAGUGAAAAAAGCUCUACAUGGGAUCAGAAAAAAGUGCUUCUAG